UUUUAUUAUCAACUACCACUCUAGUGGUCUGUUCCGCAAAUUCCGUCGGUCGUCUAUCCCACCACCUCCUACCUACGAGAGAAAAGAAACAUGUCUUGUCCCGACUGCUUCAGCGGCAACGUCCACGCCGGCUCACCCCGGGGCGAGGUGAUCAAGCUGCACGGACUGGACGCCUACGUCACGGAGCCGGAGGGCGAAGCCAAGGGGAUUAUCGUCAUCAUCCCGGAUGCGUUCGGGUGGGAGUUCGUCAAUAAUCGUAUCCUGGCGGAUCAUUAUGCCGCGAAGGGGGGAUAUCGGGUUUACUUGCCGGAUUUUAUGAAGGGAAAUGCUGCACCCGUCUGGUCGAUUGCAACCCUCGGGGCGGUGAUGAAGACGGGGUCGCUGAUGGAUUGGGUGGUUAAGCCCUAUCAUGUUCUCCGCGCCGUGUACGCGAUGGUCCCGUUUAUGUACCGCAAUCGGCCCGUCAAGUCGUGGCCGAUUGUGAAGGGCUUCUUCGCCGCGCUCCGCAAGAACGAAGGCGCUGCGCUUCCGGUCGGCGCGGCGGGGUUCUGCUGGGGUGGGAAGCAUACUGUCUUUCUGGCGCAGGGGGUCGAGGUGGAUGGGAAACCCUUGAUCAAUGCCGGCUUCACGGGCCAUCCCAGCAUGUUGGAGAUCCCCGGGGAUAUCGAGAAGAUCACGAUCCCCGUCAGCUUUGCGAUGGGAGAGCUGGACAGCGCGGUGAAGUUGCCGCAGAUCAAGCAGAUUGAGAGCGUGUUGGCGCAGAAGGAGGGUGCGGGGGAGGUGAAGAUAUAUUAUGGGGCUGGGCAUGGAUUCUGCGUGCGGGCCGAUGUCAUGGUGAAGGAUGUGGAAAGACAGGCACUGGAGGCGGAGGACCAGGCGAUCGAGUGGUUCAAGCGUCACUUUGCCGAGGUGUCGUCUUGAGAGUUGAGAU